GAUAAAGUGACACUGCUUUGAAUUAUACCGCUUUGCAACUUCAGUACAUGCCUCAUAGCUCCAGUCUCAAACUUAACCCCGUUCCUGCUGAAGAAGAGAAGGUCUGCUGGAUGGAGAAAGAAGCUCUCGUGAAAGAGGGGGAGGAGAAAGAGGAGGCUGUUAUACAAAAACAAGUAGAAGGUGAGGCUGUUACCGUGAAAGAAGUAGAGAUAGACGUUACAGAGGAGGACGACGACGUUUCAGUGAAAGAAGAGGAGGGUGAGAUGACUGUCACAUCGAAAAAUGAAGAGGACGAAACUGGAUAUCUGUUCCCGGUUUCCCAAACGCAAAUUCAGGCAUCCGGUUCCAAAGAUGAACUUAGCAAUAAGAUGGUUUUGAGAAGCCGUUCCCUGAGUAACACUAGAGAGAGACGUGACUAUCGUGGAUCCUCUGGGGAGCCUCAACAACCUCAUGAUGCUGAAGAGGCAGAGAAGAGUCUCUCCACGUCGAAACACCAGCAGAAAUCUCAUUGCUGCUCUGACUGUGGGAAAAGAUUCAACUCUUCAGGAGACCUUAAAAUACAUCAAAGAAUUCACACGGGAGAGAAACCUCAUGGCUGUGAUGAAUGUGGGAAGAGUUUUACUCAGCUAAACAACCUGAUAGUACACCAGCGUACCCACACAGGAGAGAAACCUUAUAGCUGUGAUCAAUGUGGGAAGAGUUUUACUCAGCUAAACAACCUGAUAGUACACCAGCGUACACACACUGGAGAGAAGCCUUAUAGCUGUGAUCAAUGUGGGAAGAGUUUUACUCAGCUAAACAGCCUGAUAGUACACCAGCGUACACACACUGGAGAGAAGCCUUAUAGCUGUGAUCAAUGUGGGAAGAGUUUUACUCAGCUAAACAACCUGAUAGUACACCAGUGGACACACACAGGAGAGAAGCCUUAUAGCUGUGGUCAAUGUGACAAGAGAUACGCUGAUAAAAGAUCUCUGAUCAAACAUCAGAAAAUACAUACAUGAAGGAGUUGUUUCAUGAUAUCAAUGAAAUAAUGUCACAAUGUAGAAUGUUUUAACUUUGUAGUAGGAGUAUUUUAAUGAUGUCACAAUGUAGAAUGUUUUAACAUUGUAGUAGGAGUAUUUUAAUGAUGCCACAAUGUAGAAUGUUUUAACAUUGUAGUAGGAGUAUUUUAAUGAUGUCACAAUGUAGAAUGUUUUAACUUUGUAGUAGGAGUAUUUUAAUGAUGUCACAAUGUAGAAUGUUUUAACAUUGUAGUAGGAGUAUUUUAAUGAUGCCACAAUGUAGAAUGUUUUAUCAUUGUAGUAGGAGUAUUUUAAUGAUGUUCUACCUUAUCGUUUGCCCUGUUCAAUUGAUUGCAGCA